AGUUUUGCUCGAUAAGUCGUGUUGGAAGUACCUUGGUACUCUCGUUGCGUGAUCGCGUGCCACUGUUUUCCCUCGUCUAUCAUCGCACUUGCCAUUUUUUCCUCCGAUUUUAAUAGUACUUCCGUAAAAGUGGUUCCCAGCAGUCUGUGUACCUCAAGGAACUUUGUGCUUUGAAUUUGUUGAAAGAUAUUAUUCCUUAAGGAGGCAAAAUAGUUAAGAAAAAGAUACACCAUGAAUCAUAUCAUACCCCUGUUGCUUUCGACGAUAUUUCUCAUACAGUCUGUACUACCCUGCAACGAGGCAGUAUGUGGCAGUGUAGUCAGCAAAUGCUUGCUGACCGAAUCGUCUAAUUGCGAUUUAAUUUUAUUAAUUACUCCCUGUUGCAAAGGAAUUGCCAAAGAUUGUUUGGGAUAUCUGUAUACUGAGUGUUGCUCAUGUGUAGGUAGGUACCGUUCGUUUUGGGCUCAGUGCAUGAGCUGGACCAAAUGCAAGUCCAGCUGUCAAUCGAUGGGAGCAGAAAGUUUCAGGUGGUUUCACGACGGUUGCUGCGAAUGCGUGGGCGAUAAAUGCAUUAAUUACGGAAUAAAUGAGAGCAGGUGCAGUAACUGCCCAGUAAGCGAUGAGCUGAUUGUCCUGAAAGACAAUGACAUAGACGAGGAUGAACCCGAUUUUGGAGAAAACGACGACGAUACGGAAUACGUUGAAGACUGAGUUUAAAUUAUUCACCUUCAACAUAUUAAUUUACAAGUAUUUAUUGCAAUUUUUGUCCGGUGCAGUGUGAUCGAUAAAAACAACGUCGCAGUAGGCUUAGAAAUAAUAUUUUAGUUUGUUAAAUGUCAAAUCUUACAGUGUGAAAAAUAUAAAUAGUUUUUACGCUUGUUUUUAUUAUAAUUUAAUUUUAACGUGCUAUGUUAUUUCUAUGCCUACUAUGAUACUGUUUUUAUUUUAUCAAAACAUGUAGAUACCUAAAAUAUGUUUUUUACCAUACAUAUGUAGGUCUGAAGUUAACAAACGCAGAUCAAAUCAUUUGAGAGCCAUAUAUGAUCUAACAAGAUCGCAUUUAAAUUGGACUUCUUCCGAAAUUUAUUAACUUUUUGUUGCUCGCGCCCCCUUUGGUUUAAUUGAAAAUUUUGGGCGGGGUAUAAAAAUACCCCGCAUAUUCUGCGUGGGGUGUAAAAAUACCCCUCGUAUUCCGUGUGGGGUAUAAAAAUACCCCGCGAGAGUAUUGGAGGAUUAACUGAAAAAGAGUCAAAUUUUAAACCUAUCUUAGUAUAGUAUCCAUUGUACUAUUUAUACUUUAUUUUUUAUUGUGUUGAUUCAAAGAAUUAGCCCUAUUUAAGAGACUGCUGCUAUUGGCUAAAUGAAAAAACUAUAUAAUUUAGUUUUUAUUUGUGAAUAUUGAAAGAGUCUUAUUUUUUUAUCGCUAGUUUUAUGCUAUAUAUAGUGUAUUAAAUAUAGACAACUCUAUAUUUUAAGAAUUUAAGUAUUUGUAUAACACGUUGUCGUUAACAAGUUUUUAUAUUAUUGUCAAUAUUCGUAUAUAUACAAAAGUGUUUUUAUUGUCGCAGUUAAUACAGGGCGUGUCAAAAAGUUCGCAACAAUUUUUUUUAUUUAAGUUUAUACGGAAUUUCUUAUUGUUUUUGACAAGUGAUAUCUUAAAAUUGACGUUUUGUGUGUAUAUUUUGUAUGUGAACCUUUAUUUUAUGUAAUUUGUGGCGAAAAUCAUACGAUUUUUUGGAAAUAUUCGAAAAAAUGUAAAAAAUUAAUAUUUUUUGAAAGUCCCUGUAUAUUUCUGGAUAUAAAUACGUUAAUCAAAAUCUAUUUAGAAAAUAUUUUGUUACCUAAUGCUCCUUUUUGCUUAUGUAAAAAUAAUUUUUAUAAUUUGUCAUCAUAAUAAUAUUCACAUUCCAAUGUCAAAAUUAUUUUUUUUUUCUUAUAAAAUCCUGGGUAUUUUACCACUGAAAAAGGGAUAUUACUACAUUGCUAAGGAAAUCAACACCACUGCGUAAAAUCCUGAAGGAAACCAGCUUGUUUGUGGCUUUUUUACUUGUAAAACAAAUUCCCUAAAAUAAAAAACGAUAAAAAUAAUUACUGAAAAACAAAAAAAUAAAUUAACAAUAUAAUAAAAUAAUUUGGGCAAACCCAGGAUUUUUUCAAGAAAUUCUCUUUUUGAUAUUUGACAUGCUGAAAAUAAACUUUUAAUAACUCAGUAAUUAAACAAGUUUUCUCAUUUGUUGCGAUCUUUAUGGCACACCCUGUAUAAAGACUUUGUAUUUUAUUCUAUUGUAUUAUUAAAAGUAUUUAUUGUUCAUCUAAAUAUUAUGUAAUAAUACUCAGUGAUUCUUUUUUUAAGUAGUUGCAAAAUGAAACACUUUGUAUAUAAUUAAUACAUACAUGGUGUUCGAGAAAUACGCCGCUAUAUUUCGUAGGGUGAUUUACCAUUAAAAUAUAUGGAAAAACGUUUUUAUACAUACGGGUCUGAUGCGUAGUUUGAAAGAGCAUUUUUGUGACGUGUAUCAUCAGUGUUCACAAGAACAUGGACCUAGAGUUUAUCACCGAAUCAUAACGACACUAUUUGAGAGGCUGUACAAGGCAAAUAUACUCAAGGUGGACUCGCUGGUCUCUCUAUUUAUAGAUAAAAAAUCAUUUUUAACCACCUAUAUCUUUAAAAUUACGAAUUUCAGGUCCCAGGUUUAUAGGAACUUUUUUUCAUAUUUUUUUCGAUAAGAAAUCACCCACUGGAAUUCCCUGAAUUCGCUUCGAACACCCUGUAUAUUAGAAACAUAUAUAUUGUUUAUAUAAGUCUUGUAAAAGUAAAAAAUAAUAAUAAAAUUAUUGAUGGAUCUUAGUUGAGGCUACAAAAUCUCCUUCUGUAUAUAAAUAUACUUAUUAAGUCUCUACCCAGUGUAAAUUUUUGUACAUUUUUUUCUAAAACUAAUUUAACGAAAAUGUAGUAAUAUUCUUUAUUGGAUAUAGGAAAUAAAAAAAUCAUACAAU